AAAGUGGCUCCCGCCUAGCCUGCCCCGGGUACUUCAGGCGCUCUGAGCCUCACAGCAGCCCAACAGACUCAGAGGCCCGCGCUCUCCCGCCAGCCACGCACCUGCAGAGCACCUGCUGUCUCCGCUCCUCUUCUCCGGCUGCUGGUGCCCCACCUGGGACCGCACCUCCCAGGCUCAGCUGUCCGUGUUGUCCACACAGCUCAGACCGAUGGCGCGGCUCCUAAGAAUCUGCACUUGGCUGCUGGCUCUUGGCCCCGUGCUCCUGACCACCGUGCAGGCGGAAUGCAGCCAGAACUGUGAGACCUGCAGCCACCGCCUGGCGCACCUGACGGACAUCAACACUCUGGACUGUACCCUAGAAUGUGAAGGGAUAUUGCCUUCUCUCAAAGUCUGGGAAAUCUGCAAGGAGUUUCUGCAGCUGUCCAAACUGGAGCUUCCUCAAGAUGUCACCAACACCCCCAGCAAACAAGAUGACAGCCAUUUGAUAACCAAAAAGUAUGGAGGUUUCAUGAAAAGGUAUGGAGGUUUCAUGAAGAAAAUGGAUGAGCUUUAUCCUGUGGAACCAGAAGAAGAAGCAAAUGGAGGAGAAAUCCUGGCCAAGAGAUAUGGUGGCUUCAUGAAGAAAGAUGCAGAGGAGGAGGGUGCUCAAGGCAGUUCUUCAGACCUUCUGAAAGAGCUUCUGGCAACCGGAGACAACCGAGAGAAUGGCCACCACCAGGAGGGCAGUGAUGAUGAAGAAAUGGGCAAGAGAUAUGGGGGUUUCAUGCGAGGCUUAAAGAGAAGUCCCCAAAUGGAAGAUGAAGCCAAAGAGCUGCAAAAGAGAUAUGGAGGUUUCAUGAGAAGAGUGGGACGUCCAGAGUGGUGGAUGGACUACCAGAAGAGGUACGGGGGUUUCCUAAAGCGCUUUGCUGAUACUCUGCCCUCUGACGAAGAAGGUGAAGGUUACUCAAAAGAAGUUCCUGAAAUGGAGAAGAGAUAUGGAGGAUUUAUGAGAUUUUAAUACCAUUACCAUUACCAAUCAAGUGACCCCAGACCCCAAGCAAGCUUUCCUCUAUUCCCCAAUGAGAGACUGUCUUGUUGGCCAUGCUUUAUUGUCAUGUGUUGCUUGCAUUGUAUAGUUGACUUUAUUAUCUGAGUAAUUAACUAUUUAACUUGAAAAUGAUUUCAGGUUCUGUGUUCUUUUGAGAGUCCUAAGUUCAGUACUGGUCUCCUGAUGCUGUCUUGUUUUCAUGCUGAAAUAGUUUUGUGAUCUUGUCCUUUGUUUCCAACAAAACAUCAAUAAAUGCUUACUUACAGAGAGAUAAAAUAAACCCUUUACCCCAACUGCACAA